UCUUUCGGGCCGAAAGUUCAUUCCGUUUCAAGUUGUGGCAUUUUUCAGGCGUGCGAAAAUUCCUUAGCUGUCCUUCGGAGAAAUUUCCAGCAAUUAAGUCACCUUUAAGUUGGCCAAAAAAGCAGUAGUGCGUGGCUAAGUGCAAAAGCGUGCUAUUGACAACAACCCACAAUAAGUGAUACUCAGCUCCAAUCAGGCAGCAGAAGCAAACACGCAACAUGGCGUGUCCCUUCUUUCGACGCGCUGACUCGCUGACACGUCAGCCCUCGGUCAUCGCCGAGCCGGGCACCCAUUGGACGCUCGAGGAAGAGGAGCUGUCCCAUGAUGCACUCACUCUGACCCAUCUGCAGAUGGCCAUACAGCUGCUGACGGCACCAUCAAACGAUGAUCUCAACACGGCCGUCACUUCGCUGGUGGCCAAGUAUCGCCAGAGCUGGCCAAACAUCCACAAGCUCAAAAUGGAUCCAGGCACAUUCAAGAGUUGCGCCAACUAUGACUACCUGGCGGACAUCCAGGAGCUGUUGCUGAAGAUGGACGAGGCCAGUGCCAGCGAGAUUCUGGUGCUGCUCGGCGAGGAGCUGAUCACCUGCUGCUGCACGGGCAUAAUUGAGCGGGCCUUCCGCUGCCUGGGCACAGAUCUGCAGGAAUUUCUAGGCUCCCUGGACGGCGUCUACGAUGUGCUCAAGUUACAAGAGGAGGAUGUGACCGACACUGGAUUCGUGUGCGCCGGCGAGGGCGAAUUGAUUUUCACUUCGGAGCGUCCGGUGAUCGCCUGGCUGCUGCUCGGCUCCCUCAAGGCCCUCACCCGCAUGCUCUACAAGGUGGAUGUGAACAUCAAAAUCGAACCGGUGGAGGGUGAUGCCCGUCGCUAUCGCUAUCUCUUCUCGUUGGUCAAGGACAGCUCCCAGACGCUGCAGAUGGGGCGCCCCACGCCCAUCCCAGAGACGGUGCAGCGCAGCAGCUCGAGCAAUGCCUCCGAUCUGCAGAUGAACUCCUCCAGUUUCUGCAAGAUGUUUCCCUGGCACUUUAUCAUGAACGAGCAGCUGGAGCUGGUGCAGCUGGGACGCGGCUUCAGCAAACUCUACAAGCCGUAUCUGGCGGACUUUGGCAACCUGGCCAGCACCUACUUCGACUUCAAGCGGCCCAAGGGUCUGACCAUGAAGUUCCGGGACAUUGUGCGGCGCACUUACACUCCGUUUUUAAUUGGGCUAAACAGCCCGCCCGGCGUGUCGGAUUUCCCGGCCAUUGGCUUGGAGAUCAAGGGCCAGAUGGUGCACUGUCCGGAGUCGAACUCGCUGCUGUUCAUCGGCUCGCCGUUUCUCGAUGGCUUGGAUGGGCUGACCUGCAACGGUCUGUUCAUCUCCGAUAUACCGCUGCACGAUGCCACCAGGGAGGUGAUUUUGGUGGGUGAGCAGGCCCGGGCCCAGGACGGACUGCGCCGGCGCAUGGACAAGCUGAAGAGUCGCAUCGAGGAGGCCAACUCGGCGGUCACCAAGGAGCGCAAGAAGAACGUCAGCCUGCUGCACCUGAUCUUUCCCGCUGAGAUUGCCGAGAAGUUGUGGCUGGGCUCCUCGAUCGAUGCCAAAACCUAUCCGGAUGUGACCAUCCUGUUCAGCGACAUUGUCGGCUUCACCGGCAUCUGCUCGCGGGCCACUCCCUUCAUGGUGAUCAGCAUGCUGGAGGGUCUGUACAAGGACUUUGACGAGUUCUGCGACUUCUUUGACGUCUACAAGGUGGAGACAAUUGGCGAUGCGUACUGCGUGGCCAGUGGACUGCAUCGCGCUUCCAUCUACGAUGCCCACAAGGUGGCCUGGAUGGCGCUCAAGAUGAUCGAUGCCUGUGCGAAGCACAUCACCCACGAUGGCGAACAAAUCAAAAUGCGAAUUGGCCUGCACACGGGCACGGUGCUGGCCGGCGUGGUGGGCCGCAAGAUGCCCAGAUACUGUCUCUUUGGCCACAGUGUGACCAUAGCCAACAAGUUUGAGUCCGGCAGCGAGGCCGUUAAGAUCAACGUCAGCCCCACAACCAAGGCUUGGCUGACCAAACACGAGGGCUUCGCCUUUGAUCUGCAGCCCAGGGAUCCCUCGUGCCUGCCCAAGGAGUUUCCCAAUCCGAAUGGCACCGAAACUUGCUACUUUCUCGAGGGCUAUCGCAAUUCCUCUCUGGAGAGCGGCCUGCCGCUGGUGCAGCACAUCGAUGCUGCCAUGAAGACCAUAUCCGAGGGCGGCGAUGCCUAGGCCAGACCGGGCGAAUCACUUGCUCAGUAGCCACAGCCAUAGCCAUAGCCACAGCCAUAGCUAUUCAAUGUGUAGUUCAGUGCACUUUUAGUCAAAUUGUGUUACCCCUUGCCGCCCCCCCUAGAGCCCCGCCCGCUUAACCACUUUCAAGAAAUAUAUAUGUACUUCCCGACUUCAACGAGUUGCGUUCCAGCACAAAAAAUGUGAACA